GAUUGAACCAAGAGAAAAAAAAAGGUGAAAGAGAGAGCGAGAGCCUCUCCCGAGGGAAAUGCUAAAAGCCUCUGAACGGAAGCGCGGCCGAGGUUUUGGACUUUCCACUUGAAAUUGGACAUCGCCGGGAAUCUAACAUGGUAAGCCUCUUCAACUUGGAGGCCGCCAGAUUGGGUUAUUCUCUAUUUCCCAAAACUAAAAGAUUUGUUGUUGGGGUUGGGGAUCUGAAAUCCUCGGAUUUUGAUUUUUCUCUUCAUAGUCUGAUACUCUGCAGACACUUGGUCUCAGAAAUCUCACAAACCCACCACGAUUUCACAGUCAAUUACCUCAUAAACUCUUGUGGGUUGUCUCCAGAAGGUGCAAUUGCAGCAUCCAAGCGGGUCAAGUUGCGAUCCCCGGAAAGAGCAGACUCUGUUCUGUCCUUUCUCAGAAGCCAUGAAUUCUCUGCAACCCAGAUCUCCAAGCUCAUCAGGUCACGCCCGCAACUCCUCAUGGGCUAUCCGGAAAAAACCCUUUUGCCAAAGCUUGAGUUUUUCAUAUCUGUAGGAAUUUCAGGGGAGGAGCUUGCAAAAACUUUUGCUUCCGUUCCUGCUCUUUUGGAUGUGAGCUUGCAGAAACGGAUAAAACCCACUUGCCUUUUCCUUGGGAAUCUGCUUUCUGGGAAAAAUUUUGUUGCUUUUUUGAAGAACGGCUCGCGGAUUUUUUUGGAAGGCCAUUCGAAGAAUCUGGCGCCGAAUAUUGGGAUUUUGAGAGAACUAGGUGUGCCCCAAUCAUCUAUUUCUCUGUUGCUAGCUCAUUUUCCUAGCUCUCUUAUACGAAAUCCUGAGAAUUUCGGCAAAGUUGUGGAUGAGGUUAAGCAAAUGGGCUUUAAUCUGGAAAAAUCAACGUCUGUCAUGGCAAUAAAAGCUUUGUGUAGUAAGUCCGUAUGGAAUCAUAAUUGUGAAUCUUAUAAGAGGUGGGGUUGGUCAGAGGACGAUGUUCUUUCUGCUUUCAAGCGGUUCCCACAUUGUAUGACCAAGUCGGAGAAGAAAAUAAUGCAGGUAAUGGAAUUUCUAGUGAACAAAAUGGGAUGGCCGGCACGAGUUAUUGCCAAAUACCCAGCCAUUGUGAGUCUCAGUUUGGAGGAGCGAAUAAUCCCAAGGUGCUCGGUUGUUAAAGUUUUGAUGUUGAACGGAUUGAUAAAGGAAGUUGAAAAUGUGAGUUUGUAUUCCGUAAUGCUCCCUGCAGAGAAAUUCUUCUUGGCAAAGUAUGUAACCGGAUAUAUAGAUGAAGUACCUCAGUUGUUGAGAGUGUAUCAAGGAAAAGUUAAAGUUGAGGAUGUAUGAUGUUCGUAGCUCCCUUGAUGUAGUAUCGUAGAUGCAGCACUGCUUGUUGACAUUGGUAGCAGCUAGCUUUUGGCUCAGUAUAUUUUUCUAGAGAUGAACUCAAUUGGUAGUCAUGGAUGGAGAAAGAUGAACUUCAUAUUUUCGUCUUCCCGUUUCACUGUCUAGCUGUUUUUGUUAUACGGAUACUCUCUUAUUUGAAAUUAACUUGAGAUUUGACCUGCUC